UUUUCUUAUCGAUAUCAUAUUCGGGAAUUGCCCUUUUCUUUAUUGCUUCAUAAAGCAAAUGGACCAGGACACAGCGCGCGCAUUGUUUGAAGCCGGCGGCUGCCUUGUGGUUCUCGGGGCACCAGCCGGCAUGGAGUUUGGCGUCGACUUGGAUACAUGGGAAACAGGGCCAUUAUUUAAGGGCAUCAAAAUGAUUCCGCCCGGCAUACAUUAUGUCCACUACAGUGCGGUGAAUACCGAUAGCCAAGCGGGCAUGCGUAGCGGGUUCUUCCACGAAUUUGUUUCAAAAGAGGUGGUUGUGCAAAAGUGGAAUCCGGAAACCGAACUAAUGGAGCCCGUCGCGGGAGCCGAGGCGGAGCGGAUCAAAAUGAACAUCAGGCAAUUGGAUGCCAAUCUUGGUGCUUACCCGCUCUCCACCGACCACGACUCGAUGUACCGCCGGUGGCUGUAUCUGACCAGCAGCAUCACCGGCGCGAUGCUUGCGCGCAUUAUGCCCGGAAACCAUGCAUUUACGUCAGCUACCGGCUCCCGCUACGAGGACGAGGAAAUGGCGCUGGCGCAAAAAAUGCUGGCGCGCGCCUACCCCCAUACGCCCCACCCCGCUCUGGAUACAGACCUAGCCGACCGGUUCGACUUCCCGCACAUCAACAUCCGGCGCUCAUUCCCAGCGGGUGCUACCGGAACGGAACUCCAAAAGUACAGCCAAGACAAGUCCUGGCUUUUGCGCCACUGUCUCAGGGAAAUCUGGCAUGGCGAGCAGGAGCUGCUGGGAGAGUUCCAGCUGGCGUUCCUGAUCAUCUUUGUCGGGCAGAACUUUGCCGGGUUCGAGCACUGGAAGCGGCUUCUGCACUUGGUGCUGGGCAGCCGCGAGGCGCUGAAAGACAUGGCUGCGGAUUUGGUCGUGCCUAUGCUUAGGGUGUUCAUGCGCCAGCUGACGGACUGCCCGCGCAGUUUCGUCACCGAGGUGCUCGAGAGCGAUAACUUCGUGGCGCAAAUCCUCAAUGAGCUGGUGCUCAAUGCUUACGAGAUGGACGUUGGUGAGCUGGACCAGGAGAUCGGCCGGCUGCGCGUGUUCCUCCGGGACAGGUUCAGUUGGACCUUGAUGGAGGGCCCGCAGCUGCAGGAGCUGGCGGAUGCCGAGGAGGGCGAGUAUGCGCCGGUGGUCGUGGAUAUGGGGUGAUUUGGUGUAAUCGGCGAUCAGCACAAAAGCAUACCGGCUAUUAGCCCAGCGCUUCUCCCAUCCUGGACUGUCUUCUAAACCCCUUUGGCUCUUUCAAU